CAAAUGUUCCAUUCGAAUAUUCCCAGCACUGGUUUGCGCCAAGACAAUUUCUUUAUCUAUUAUUUCAAUCGUGCUGUGGGAUGAAAUAUGUAAUCGCCAUUCACCAUUGAAAAAAUUGAUCCCGAGCGUAAAUAACACGGCUAAUUAUCGCUGGUUUUGUCGGCGAUAAGGAAUAAUUGGCAAAUUGAUUACUAUGUUGACAAUUUAUGACGCCUUUUAUUUUUUAUUUUGGGAAUUAGCAGGCUCCGAGAAGUACGCUCGGGAUGGAGCCCGAAAGUGAUCCUGGAAAGGAUGACGGGGCACAGCAGCGUAGAACAAUCAGAGCCGACUACCCCAGAGCGAGUUUUCGAGAAAAUGACGAAAUAGGUAAACUUUACAAGGCCGUUAGGCAGGAGUACGUUAUCUUGGCCGAAUACAAAAUGGUGCAAGCGGAAAACAUACCCGGGGUGUACGUCAUUCCGUCCAGGGAAACACCUCUAGUGUGGUUCGGGGUUAUUUUCGUGAGGCGCGGUUGCUACGAGGACGGCGUCUUUAGGUUUACCAUAAUUUUGGAUGACGAUUUUCCCGACUCCGCUCACCCGAAAGUACGAUUUCAAUCCCCCAUAUUUCAUCCUGUGAUAAACCCCGAGACUUACGAGUUGCAUCUGCUGGAAGCUUUCCCCGCAUGGAACAAAUCGGAGCAGCACCUGUGGCAACUUUUAAAGUAUCUUUACUGGGUGUUUAGUAACGUCGACGCGAGCGUAAGCCACGGCAUCGAUAAAGUGACAUCCGAAAUGUUCUUGAACGAUAAGGAAAACUUCCAAACAAGAGUGAAGGAGUUGGUAAAGGCGAGUCACACGGUGCUUUACGAUGAAGCCCCGAAAAACGAUAAGCAUUACAUCACUUUCGAGUCUUUCGAUCCUGAAAAACACGACAAACGCAAGCUGUUUACCGGGUUUAAGCAAAGGGAUACAGGUAGGAAGGGGUACUCGUGGGUCCUGCCGAAUAGGCUUAAACCUUUGGAGCGACCGCCCGCCUCUGAGGACACCAACGAACCUUGAUUUAGUAUAGUGUUGUUAAUUUUUUAAUAGUCUAAAUUAUAUAUAAAAUAAAUCACUUUAAAAACU